CCCGAGCCGGCUGCACCAGCCGAGAGGUGUGAGCUGCCGCAGCGUGAGGGAGUCGAACGCGGAGCCAGCGCGAUCGCGAAGCGUUCAGAGCGGGCGCCAUGUCUGAGGCCGAGGACCCCCGAGCGACCCCGCACCGGAGCAAGGCGUGCCGCCGCCUCUUCGGGCCGGUGGACAGCGAGCAGCUGCGCCGGGACUGCGAGGCGCUCAUGGCCGGCUGCCUGCGCGAGGCCCGGGAGCGGUGGAACUUCGACUUCGCCACCGAGACGCCGCUGGAGGGCAACUUCGUGUGGGAGCGGGUUCGCGGCCCGGGGCUGCCCAAGCUCUACCUGAGCCCCGGCUCCCGCGGCGGCCGCGAUGACCUGGGAGGGGACAAGAGGCCCGGCCCCUCCUCCGCCCUGCUGCAGGGCCCGGCCCCGCAGGACCACGUGGACCUGUCGCUGUCCUGCGCCCUGGUGCCCCACGCCCCGGAGCGGCCCGAAGAUUCCCCGGGUGGCCUCGGGGCGUCCCAGGGCCGCAAGCGGAGGCAGACCAGCCUGACAGAUUUCUAUCACUCCAAGCGUCGGCUGGUCUUCUGCAAGAAGAAGCCCUGAUGUGUCCACGGGAGCCUCGCGUCCUCUUCUGCCGUGGGCCGGGAGACCCCUACCCCCUCCUCCAUCCUGUGCCUCAGCCCCGCCCUCACUCUGUGUGUCUUAAUUAUUAUUUGUGUUUUAAUUUAAGCUUCUCCUGUAUAUACUCUGCCUGCCCUCUCCAAGCCCCCAGCCUAGAGUUAUUUAAAAAACAAACAAACGGUAAAUCAGCAGGACGAUAGGUCCCCUUAGUGCCAGGGGUUUUUAUUAUGUGGACUAUUAUUUAAGCCCUUCUCAACCCAAGCUCUGUGUUUCCUGUCCCGCAGGGAAGGUCUGCCUGGCAUCGGCCAUCUGCGCCCUUCUCCACCCCCCCAUCUCCCUCCACCCCCUGCCAAGGGGUACUCCCCUAAAAUGGCCCAGCUCCUUGCCACUUGUUCAUGCGGUGAUCCUCAGACCUGAAUAGCACUUUGAAGGGGGACCAGCUCAGUAGGACUUUGGGGUCUCCUUGUCACCUCUCAGGCCGGUCAAGGUGACGAUGAAGUGGUCACAGCCUGGAACAGGGAUGAGGUUUAGCCUGGUUAGGCCCCGACCGUAACGUCCUGGCCCUUGACAUUCACUCAGACCUGUGAAGACAGGGGGAACCCCCACACACACUCUGGGUCCCCUUUGCCACCCUGCCUCCCCCAUGGGCCCCUCUGCUAGGUGCCCCUCUCUUUCUGGGGUUCAUCUGGCGCUCUACUGCUCUUUCCCUCUUUCGGAGGGUCAGCAGGAGGCAUCUCUCUGGGCGUGUGCCCGUAGCUCAGUGGCCGGAAGGGAAGGGGUGCUCCUAGGCAGGGUUCCUACCUCAGGGGGCUCCCUGUGGCACUGCUGUGCAGUGGGGGGCUUUCUCUGGGACGGGGUCCUCACAUGCCUCAGUACUUUGAGUAGCACUUGUACAGGGAGCCAGGCGGAGACGGUCCCCCCUCCCCCCGGCACAGCGGGCUAGCAGGGGACAGAACAGCCGCUGACCCUUUCCCAGUAUUGAACACUGAGCCCCCGUGGCCACCGAAGCACUUAGUGGGUCUAACCCCCGCCCUAAACACCCCUGUUUCUGUAACCUCCUGGUCUGGACUGUUCACCCUCGGCCUCCACGCCCCCGCCCCCGCCCCGCCAACCCGAGAAUGUGUAUUUUGGGCCCCUCCUUGUCUCCACUCAGACUGUAAAGCUCCCGAGAGCAGGGCCCCACCCUGCGCCCUUCCCACCCCACCACGAACCAGGUGCUCAAUAAAUACUUGUGGAUGGCUUGUAA